UCGUUGAGACAACAGUAGAGACUUCGCGGAAAUUUUUAGAUUUCGCAAAAUCUUUCAUAUAGUAAUCGGGAGAUCAUACAACAAAGUGUCUUCAUCAUGUCACGAAUUUACAAUUAUCGUGUUGUUUUGGUGUUCCUUUGCAUCGAGAUCCAGGCAAUCAUCGGGCUGAAGAUAAAGUUUCUCAAUGUAGUUUUUCGUCAUGGAGAUAGGACUCCACUGGGAUACGGUGACGAAGUAUUCCCUACAGAUCCGUAUGUGAAUGAGACCUUCCCGCCUUAUGGGCAGGGACAAUUGACCAAUCAAGGAAAAAAACGCGGUUACGACCUCGGCGUCCACAUUCGGCAGCAAUACGACGAAUUCCUGGGAGAGAUAUAUCACCCAAAGAUGGUACGCGCCCUCAGUUCGGAUCGAGACAGAACUAGGAUGUCUCUGCAAUUAGCAAUGGCAGGAGCUUUUCCUCCUUCGCCUGCGCAACAGUGGAACCCAAACUUACUUUGGCAGCCAGUUAUCGUGAAUUAUGUAUCAGAUCCGGAUUUUCUUCUGAUGUCCAUCGAAUCCCCGCGAUUUGCAGCCGAGUUCAAGAAAUCAUUGCAACUCCCUGGAGUCCAAAAACAACUUGCGGAGUACAGCGAAUUGAUGAGAAAUCUUACAGUAUGGACAGGCAAACCUAUAGUCAAGACGAAGGACGUUGCUGCUAUUUACAACUACCUGAUGGCGUUGAGUUCCAUGGGACUUAAACUUCCUGAGUGGACGGAGGGAAUCUUUCCUGACGGAUCGCUGUUGAAAGCUACUGUUUUCCAUUUCCGACUCUGCAGCUAUACGAACAGACUAAAAGCGUUGAAUGGAGGAAUCAUCUUGAAGAACUUCACUGACACUAUGUCAUCUGCGAUCAAUGGAAGCGAGCCUGAUCUAAAAAUGAAUCUCUUCGGAGGUCAUGAUCAUAACAUCGCUUCACUUCUAGAUAUUUUGGGCGUUUAUGAACCUUAUGUACCCCGAUAUUCCAGUGCUAUUUUUGUUGAAUUACUGGAGAGUGAUGAUCAUGUACAUUACGUCAGGGUGUAUUACUACAAAGGAAUUCCAGUGGACCGAGUACCAGUAAAUAUGCCGGGUUGUGGUGAACUAUGUCCUUUUGAUCAAUUCAUCGAAUUAUUCAGCGACAUUUUUCUCUGUGAGGAAGACCUCAAGUAUUCAAAAAAUGAGACAGUAGAAAUGAAUGAAUGAUUGUGUUUUCAUUCUUGUGAUCAUAAUAAAAUGGAAUUUUCGAGUAA